AUGUUGUCUUUUGUUUUGGCAGCCAAAUACCCAAAACCCCUUUUCUACCCAUCUUGUUUCCACUGCACCAAUAGUGCUCACGGAGUGGGUGCUAGCAAGGAAGGGUCUGCGCCAUUGUCUAGGUUUCUUCCUUCGUUGAUUUUGCUCGAGCUGCCGGAAAGGUACACGCAUUUUGGGCAUAGGGACUUGCUUGUCCUGCUUGUUGAUCACAAAGCGAGACUCUUACUUGUCAUGAGCUUGAAUUUUAAAUUGCAUGUACCCAUUAUGGCAUCCGGUAAUCCACCAUUUAUCAUAAGGGAUCAUCUUUACUCCGUAGAUGACAGGUUGAAGAGAGGGAGACCUCCUCCUUUGCUCAAGGGUGCCGACGAGGAUGUAAUCAUUGAUGAAGAACCAGCGCCAGAAGCUACUUCAGUGAUUGAUCCUGCAUCCGUAUCAAGGUGCUGCAUAGAAAGGGGUCUGUUUCCGGCAGUUCCUUUGUUCUUUCAAUAUCCCUGCAGCAUCAGCAAGGGUUGGUCGGAGUGGGUUGAUGCUGAACUGAAGAGCCCAUCUACCCGUGAUAUCCUAAGCCGGGCAGGCGUGUUGGAAGCCAUCUUUGCUUCUAAGGCUUGCGACAUCCAUAUUGAAGCCAAGACGCUUCGACACUUGGUUAGACGGUGGAGCACUGAGACGCACACUUUUAUUUGUUCGUGGGGAGAGUUCACUCCCACGCUUGAGGAUGUAGCUAAUAUUUUCCAUCUCCCACUUUGCGGCAGCCAAGACCCUUUCCAUAUUGCAUUAACCCCGGAAGAUGGGCUAAAGCUUGAAACUUUGCGGAAGGGUGCUCCGACCUCUCCUAGUACCUCUCUGAGAUUCAGUAAUUGGAUUCAGUUUUUCGGGAACAGUGAUCGAGACGAGCCGUGUCGCCUUGCUGCGUUCGUGUCCUUGUGGCUCGGGAGGUUCCUCUUUUGUGAUUUUUCUCAAGACUGCUUGCAUGGGAGAGUGUUUCCGUUGGCUUUGGCAAUAGCACGAGGUAGCAUGAUCCCUUUAGCCCCCAUGUUCUUGGGGCACUUAUAUCGCUUGCUUGACCAGAUUCAAUUUCUUGAGAAGGGGGCGGCCGGAACCAUGGCUGUGGAGACUUUUGUAAAUUCCAGUUUUCUGCAGAUCUUUUUAUGGGAACGCUUCAGAGGGAUAGAGGUAUCUCCACUCCCUUAUUCAAAGGCUGAGUCACUGGUUGCUUCGGACGAGGAUUCCUACGUGCCGGGUAGUCUUCCUCUGAUCUGUAGAUGGUUCCGUCGCAUGCAACGGAAGGGCCAAAAUUUUUUAGAGCUGCUGGACGAUGUUGAGCAAUUUAUUUUUCGCCCCUAUUGUGCCUCAUCAGAGGGCUUUAGAAGUAUGCCCUUCUAUGCUGAUUCUGCUGCUUUAAUGGAGGCCCUGGCCACGCCAACACAAGGUUGUCGGUUACGCAGAGAGGCAUUGUUGAGUGCCGCAUGCCUCCCUCUGCCCACAUUCGGUGAUGACCACUUGGAGACUUCUGUGCAUUAUUCCCCUUACCGGGUUAGACGACAGCUUGGGUUUGACCAAGGUGUGCCCUCUUCUCCCAACCAUGGAGAUUCCUCGAGCUUGCACAGGGUUUUCUGGACUGGUGACAGCGUGCCGGGAGACGGCAGGCCUCUUGCCCUUGCUCUGGCCAGCCGGAAACGCGUUGGUGGUCUCUCAAAGGCCUACCAAAAUUAUUGGAACCGCUGCUUUGCCUCGUUCAGCCGAUUCCAUGCUGCCCAUUGUGAUAGCUUGAUUCCCACCGUCAUUCAUCAUGCCCGUUUAGUGUCGGAAGAGAAAGCCAUUUCCUUGAGCGAGAAGCGAAAUCUGCCCUUUAUCUCCAAGAGUGGAGAAAUUGUUGGUGAUUUUUCGAAGCUAAAGCGGAAGUUGGAAAAGUCGGGUUCUCAUAGUGCCGGGAAGAGUGUUGCACAUGGGAAACGGAAGCGUGAGGAAAGCUGCAGCGCCGAGAAAAGGCAAGCUGUGAAAGAACCGAAAAGGUUCAUCCCCAAGGUAGCGGCAGGUGGUCCUCCCAGCUCAAGAAAGGUUGCCUUGCCCGAGUCCUUACAGCAGCAGCCUACAGCUUCCGGCAGCAGCGAGCUAGCAGCUCCCAAAGCUUCAUCUCCUCACAGUACUUCCCAAAGUAAAGGCAAGGGUAAGGGGUUUUCCGCGACCCCGAAACGUCGAAGCAUGCGUAUUCUUGAAACGCGGUUUGCUAAUACCCGAAAGAAUAAGGGUGAAGACUCGGGACCCAAAGUAGUGGUGACUGUUGAUGAUAACAGUGAUGAUGAUAGUGAUGGCGAUGGCGCUGCGGGAACUAAGGCUAACAUUCAUGAGCAAGAGAGUGCUCACGAUACGAGUGGCAUGGACGAGGACUUUGAUGAAGGCCAAUACGAUAGUCACGACGAAGACACCUAUCCGGCUUUCGGCACUAGCUUGGGGGAGUUCGAUGACCCAGAUACGACUCCCGCUUUGACUGGCGAUCAUGGACAGCGUGUCGAUAUUGAACUGGUCGUGCCCGCCAUUGAAGGCACAAUAGGUGCUUCAUCAGAGGCUGAUUUUGCCCUUCCCACUACUGUCGCUGAAGUUGUCCUGAGCCUUCCGGCAGUGCAACCUCCUCCUUCUCCUAACCCAUGUACUCCUGACAUGGCUGCUGAUGCCUCUCCACUACUUCCAACAGUUCCUCCUCCUAUUUCUCCAAUUCCGAACGUACCUGCCAUAGCUUCCGGCACUGCUCUACUUCUUCCAGCAGCACAUCCCCUACUCUCCCAAUCUCGAGCACACCUGACAUAG